AGUUAUUUGAUUAACAUGACUGAGAUCCUAGCUGUGGUGCUUCUAUGGUGAAAUUUUCUAUUGAGCCAAUUGUGAUUUGACUCGCAAAGUCAAACGUGUCAAUAUAACAUAGAAGAAACAUUUAUGUGUAGAAAAUUUGUUUGUGCAAAAAGAAACAGUAAAUCUAAAAGUGAACCGAGUAAAUUUUGACAAAAGAGAAGAAACAAGGAACAAAUUGUGAGUGACUAUGGGAAAAACCGGAAUCUAUAAUGUUGGGUUUGUGAACUCAACUGAAAGCGUGAAUAUCAAAACAAAACCACGCAUUGAGAUACCCAACGUAGUUGUAAGCACAAUUGAGAAUGUUGUGGCCAAGGUUGAAACUCCAGACGAUGAUGGAAGAAAACGUCCACAAUGGAGCAAUAGCCUUGAAUUCUUAAUGAGUUGUAUUUCGGUCAGUGUUGGAUUAGGAAAUAUUUGGAGAUUUCCAUUCACAGCUUAUGAAAAUGGUGGUGGCGCAUUUUUGAUUCCUUACAUUAUCGUUUUAAUGCUUAUUGGUAAACCAAUUUACUAUCUUGAAAUGGCUAUUGGACAAUUUUCAAGUCGAGGAUCAGUGAAAGCUCUCUCAGUUAUACCAGCAUUGCAAGGCGUUGCCAUUGCGCAGCAAGUCGGCACGACAUGUGUCGUCACUUAUUAUUGCUCGCUAAUUGCAUUAACAUUGUCUUACAUGUUCAGAUCAUUUGCAGCUGAACUUCCAUGGGCAAAAUGUCUUCCCAAAUGGAGUGAAGAAACAUCCGUUCAAUGUAUUGAUGCAACUUCAAAUUCUACAAAUCGAACAGGAUCAGUUAGCAGUUCCGAGCUUUUCUUUCUACGUGAAGUAAUUAAGCAAAAAGAUGACAUAAGCGAUGGAAUUGGAUUUCCCGACUGGCAACUUACUUUAUGGCUUUUGUUAGCAUGGAUAAUCGUCUUUCUUGUGAUCGUAAAAGGCGUUAAAAGUUCAGGAAAAUUUGCUUACUUUCUUGCGAUAUUCCCUUACGUCGUGAUGCUUAUUUUAUUAGCUCGUGCAUUAACUUUAGAAGGCGCUAUGGAUGGAAUCAAAUUCUUCAUCACGCCGAACUUUAAACGACUUUUGGAACCUCAGGUAUGGAAUGAUGCAGUUACACAAUUGUUUUUCUCUCUCGCCAUCGGUAUGGGACCUUUAAUUAUGUUCUCAAGCUAUAAUGACUUUCAGCAUAAUUUGUUUAGAGACGCAAUGAUCGUGACAACAUUAGACACAUUCACAAGUCUGCUUGGAGGAUUUACAAUUUUUGGUAUUCUUGGUAAUUUGGCGCAUAAUGUGGGUGAGCCAGAUGUUGGAAACAUAAUUAAAAGCGGCGGCAGUGGCAUUGCUUUUAUUUCAUAUCCGGAAGCUAUUUCUCAGUUCACAUUCGUGCCACAGGUGUUUGCAGUUUUGUUUUUCUUCAUGUUACUCGCAUUAGGAGUAGGAAGUGCAGUUGGAUUACAAUCAAGUAUCGUCACGAAUUUAUUGGAUAUUUUUCCAAAAACAAAACAUUGGCAAAUGGCGGGUGGAUGUUGUCUGGGCGGAUUUAUUAUUGGAUUGAUUUAUGUGACGCCUGGUGGCCAAUGGAUGCUUACCUUGAUCGAUCAUUUCGGUGGAACUUUCUUAAUUUUCGCUUUAGCGAUUAUGGAACUUAUCGGAAUAUUUUGGAUUUAUGGUUUAGAGAACUUUUGUUGGGAUCUUGAAUUUAUGUUAAACCGUAAAGUGACACCCUUUUGGAGAAUAUCUUGGUUUGUUGUUACACCAGUCUUAAUGAUUGUCAUUUUCGUCUACUCAAUGGCAAAACUUGAAAAUCCACUUUUCGCUGGUAAAGAAUAUCCAGAGUCAAAUAUAGUUGCUGGUUGGUGCAUCUUUGUGUUCGGAAUGGCACAAUUAUUCAUUUGGGCGAUUUGGAAUGCAUCGAGAGAAGGUUUUGGUAAUGCGAAAACGUCAAAAUUCGUUUCUUUAUUCAAACCUGAUCCCGAGUGGGGACCAAAGUCAUCGAAAACCCGUAAAGAGUGGAUCUCAUUCAAAGAAGUGAAAAUGGAGAAUCGAAGAAAUCUCUCAACCGGUCAUUCGAAACUCAAACAAAUAUUUUUGAUGUUGCUGGGGAGAUAUGAAUAAUUUUUCCAUAAAUAAAAACA